AUGCUCCGUUUCAGGAAUGUAUCAGAUAUCUUUGAGGAAAUCGUCAUAGACGUUAUAGAUGAUGACAAUAUUUACAGCCUACCUGCCACAGUCGACCCGGAUGAUUACAUAGUUACCUUAGACGCCGCACGGAGUUACCCGGAGCAUGUUGAGAUCAUAGACAUCCAGGAAAAGCAAAACAAAAGAAGACGGUCGAAAAAAUCACCUAAACGAUCUGUUGGCGCGAUCGAACUUUGCGAUAUAUGCGGCAAGCUCAUACCCCAUUCGGAAAUAAGCCAACAUAAAGCCGAUCAUGAAAAUCGUAGGUGUGACAUUUGUAAAGUCCAGUUUACUACUGACGAGAAUCUCGAAAAACAUCAAUUAGAACAUUCAGGCGAAAAUUACCAAUGCGAAUGUUGCUCGCAGACAUUCAAUACCCCGUACAAGUACUCGUUCCACCUGUAUCAACAUAUCGGUACAUACUGUUGCCCCGUAUGCGAAUAUAACACAAAAUCCAGAGCAUCCGUCCGAGGUCACAUAAAACGGCACCAAAAAGCGUACGAUUUUCACUGCAGCAUUUGCGGCAAAGGUUUCGUAGCGAAAGCGAUGUUACAAGUCCACGAGGAGAUACAUCUGGACAUCAAGCAAUAUCAGUGCGAGUUUUGCAACAAAAAAUUCGCGGUCAAACGAUACCUGGACACCCACAAAAAAUUCAACCACAAAAAAGAGAUAUUCGGCGUGGAACAGCUGUAUAAAUGCCACGUGUGCAGAAAGGAAUUUUCUUUCGAGAAGAGUCUGAUACGACAUUUGAGCGUGAUUCACAAGAUCGGCGAAGACAGGACGGUGCAGUGUCCAAUGUGCGGGAAAGUGAUCGCUAACAACUAUAACCUCAAAAUGCAUAUGAGGACCCAUACGGGCGAAAAGAGAUACUGCUGCGAUACGUGCGGUAAAGCCUUUACGGCUUACAAGUAUUACAAAAAACAUAUGCUGGGGCACGAAAAGCGGAAGACGGUAGAUGAUUUCGGAAUCAACGAUGAUAUCGAUAUAAGCGAGAUGGAUAUCGAAAAUUUGUACAAAUGGGAAUGA